GAAUGUACAAAUUGGCAACCGGCAUUGGACCAUACAUCGAAGAUUCAAUGAUUUCAAAAAUGUACAUGGCCUGUUAGGCCACACGCAUAGUAGCGAAGAAUUAGCCGGUGUGAAACUGCCCCCCCAACGAAUCUUUAAGAGGAAAAAAUUCGACCCCGCAUACUUGUAUGAACGGUGUGAACAACUGGACGAGUACAUCCACAAGCUGCUGGAUGUGCCCAGCUUGGCCGCAGAUCCUGUGGUGAUGGAUUUCCUCUCGAACAAUUGGCGGCAACCUAAACGUCCCAAGAAGAACCCCAUUCCUGGACGCGAUAUGAAGGCCGGUCCUAUAGACCUUACCAAUCGCAAGAAUGCCAACGGGGGUAUCCAGCCAGGUAUGACGCCCAAAGAGAUCAAGCGGAUCAUUGCGCGACAAAACAAGCAGCAGCUGGGUCGAGGCAGGAGUGAUAAGCGCAAAUUCAUUCGGAACGGCCCUGGUGUAGUGAGCUUGGGAGGCACAUCAUCAGGACCUGCUGUGAAGGCAGAGGAGAAGGGCGACGGCCAGGCCGAGGAACCAUAUUCGACACUGGGGCAGCAAGGGGUGCCCUUCGAUACAGGGUUUGCCAGGGUUUUCAAUACCAAAAUGACCAAGAAUAACAGUGGGGGCGGGAAUAGGAAGAGGAAACCGGGAGCCCCGUUGACUCGGAAGGCCAGGUUACCUCCGCUGGGAGCUAUAGACAUGGUGCCUCCGAUCGCGGUAGUGGAUUGUGCGCCGAAGUGCCUCGACCUGCAGAAGCAAUUGGCGGUGGAGUAUAAGGGCACAAUGUUGUUAUUGGGUACCCCCAAUAUGGACCGGGUGGGGCUGGAUGGAUAUGGGGUGGGGGGUGAGGAGGACGAGGAAAGACAGAGCGCAAGUAAGACGAAUAUGUAUGCAGACACAGACACGAGCGGCCAGUCUACAGACUCGGGCGCGAGCUCAGAUACGAACCUGCGUACAUUCCACAGUGAGCCCCAAGGGAAUAGGGAGAUAGACACCAGCGGCGAUGAAAGCUUCGGCGAAACACUGAGCACUCGGGCUAUGGAUCUAGCCGCGAAGGAGUCUGUUGCACAAGAUGGUCUGAGACCAUCGCCAAUGUACCCGUCCCAGCCGGAAGACCGGAUGCCACCCGGCUCAGUGGUGGAGGAUGUGGUGGAAGGCCUCGCAAUGGGUGCGGCAAGCGAUGGUGAUAUACCGCACAGACACAGUCCUCUGAUCCACGAGGAGCAGGUCUCUGAGGUGCCCAGGGCUCACGGACAACAUGGUACGCAUACACUGCGCCAAAAGAAACAACUCGGCGUGCACCAGGAUGCGAAUCACGCCGGUGCCAGCAGAGGCAACAACAAGGGCGGCCACAAACUGCAGCAGAGUGAGCGCAAGAAGAAGCAGCAGCAGCAACUGUUGGAGGCCGGGCAGCCUGCCAAUGCAUACGGCGAAGGCGUGAGCGAGCAGGGAGUGCUUGUGGCUGAGAUGGACCUGAACUUCCCGACUAAGAAGCUCGUUAGUCGGCAACGGUCGCUCACUGCGAGGAGGUCUGGCGCUCUGGGACCAAGCCAACAGAGACAGCCGGGAACCGCUGAGGUGCUGCAUAAAAAGCCUCUGAUUACAGCCAAGGGCACAAGUGUGCCUGCGAAACGACCACCGUUGGCUAGUAGGCUGAGCACGUGGUUUAGUAAUGCGCUGAGUCUGAACGAAGACGAGGAUUUAGGCGAUAGCGAAUUACUGAGUGACGAGAAGAGUGCGGCUGAGAGUGGUGGGAGUGUUCCUGCUAGUGGCGGAACUGACGAAGGGCCGUCAGUGAAGACUGCGGGGCCCUUUACCCAUCAGCAGCUGCUGAAAAUGCACCAACAACAACAACGGCAGCAAAUGAAGGACAAACGACAGAACACGAGACGGUCACCCCAUGCCUACAAUCAGAAGCGUGUGCCGACAUUGCUGCUACCCAGCAGCUCAACCGGGUUGAGUGUAGGGAGCCCGACCAAUAGACAGUCGGCCCAGCAACAGCACCGACAACAGGUGCAACUGCACCACCAGGUGCAACAACUGCACCACAAGCAGCAGCAGCAGCACGAACAGCAGCAGGAAUUGCAGCAGCAGCAGCAGCAGAAGACCCUCGACCACCAACAACCCCACGACCUUCCGCAGGGAACCGCAACACAGCAGCAACCAUGGGAUACACGCCAGGCCAAACAGGACCAGCCACCAGCCCAGCGGGAUAGGAGCCGAUCCAGAGACGAGGACGACUCGGCAGCACCGAGGUCAGAGACGACUGCGAGUAGCGAGAGUGACGAGGAGGGUGUUGAGUCCAGCGCUUUGCACAAGAGCGAGAGUGUGGGGAAAGCUGCUACGGAUACCUUCCAGCCAACUCAUCGGAGAGCCCCCUCGAAUACCACGACAGACGCGCAUUCGUCGGAGAGUGCAACGAGGCGUUCGAUAGCCACGGAUAGCGCUCGUGCCGCAAACAACGCUCGCGCUGGUGCAAGGGGGAGCGAUAUUGAGUUUGAGAUACCAGAUGCGCAUCUUGUGGGACGUCUCGAGGAUAGGCGGGGCAGCAUAUCCUCCGACUCAGCAGUUAACGCUAUAGCGAGCGCGGUGAGUGCAGGUAUAAACUCCAUCUUCAGUUCGGGCGUUAGCACCAUCAUGCGUGGGGCCAAAGGUGUCCAGGAUGCCGACCCAGACCACAUGUCAGAGGACCCCUUGCAUACCGGUAUAUAUUCUGAUCGACCCAAGGAAUUGUGCGCCCCGAAUUCCGAUAGUGCGCUUCCAUAUGCCGACAACUCAGCAUGGUCGUUUACGCGUGUGAAUUCGGUACCACUGAGUGGGUCGCCUCCAGCUCGCCAGGCAAGCGCGAGUAUCACUAUAGAGCCUCGUGCUAGUACUAUGGCCAGCAGUGCCGCCCGGCACCGCAGUGAGGCGGGUAGCUCAGCAGAGCGCUUCUCGCCGACAAGCCCAAAGUACAGCCCUAUCAACCAUGCAAGUACCCACAUGCACGCUUCCUCCCCCCUACCGCAGAUGAGUAUGUUGCGUAAUCGCAUCGUCCUGCCUACGACAGAGACUGUUUCGGACGGCACGGACGGCGAGAGCGAGAGUAGCGUGACUUCGAACUCAAGUAGGGCCAUAAGCCGACAGGCAAGUACCAAUAGUGCUACUGGAUCCCCACGAAGCCGGGAGUUAGAGAAACACCACAACAUGAUCGCUCAGCAACAACUGCUGCUGAAGUCAUACAGCCGGCUGCGCUUCAAUCGCGCUCCGUCCUCGCCGCCAAAGGCACACACCUCCCCUAUGCAGAGACAUAUCAGCGCAAGCACGGCCACAAUCAAUACAGACCACAGCAUGGACACAUCGAGAGUGCUCAUCCGAUCAGCCACGUCGCCUCGCAGGCUGCGCAUAGCCAGUGAAAGCAGUGGCGGUAUGGGGUUGUUCAACGACCACAGUGUGGGCGACGUAGGGGUCGAGUUGCGGAAGUUUCAAUCGUACAAUGAAGCUGAAGUGCAGGAGAGUGACACGGAGAGAUCCGCUGUUACGGAUGAACUGCAGACAGAGAACACGUUAGGUACCUCCGCAAGUGUCGACAGCUUGACCGAUGCAAACGUAGCCAAUGUAUUUGAGACGGCGAGUGGUGGUGUAUAUCCAGCCGAUAGUGUAACGGCAGGCAGAACAGCUUCGGAAUCAAUGGACCAUAGUCUUAGCAGUAGCAGCAGAGACGGCGAUAUCUUGGUGUUCGAGGCUUUACUGGAGCAGGCACGCGAGGUGUCGCGGAGCGGCUCAUUCCCCACGAAUACGAGCAGUGAGAGCGAAUCGGAUAACAGCGCUUUGAGUACACCGACGGAGCCUGGUAGAUCCCCAAGUCCAGAACCUUCCAGCUUAUAGUAGGCAUAUACCUAGUGUGAGGGGAGAGGUGUAACUUAUAAGUAUUCGGGGACACGGAGACACUUUGUAGGUCCGACUAAAAAUAGACAUGUACCUAGGCACUGGGCGGGUAUGGCUUAUAGUAUGCGUGUACCUACUUGAGGCGACACAACACGCCGAUUAAUUUGUAAUAAGCAUAUGCCUAUAUUUGGGGGCAGGGGAAUAGAAGGCGGGUCUAUUUGUAGCAAGCGUGUACCCAGUUCGAGGGACCACAAACACCUGGGGCGGUGCUAGUACGAGAAACCUACACACACUUGGUGGCUCUAAGAAUAACGGACACCUGCCUAGUAUGGGGGGCCAUGAUGGCACUGGGCAGGUGUAGGAUUCAGUAAACAUGAAUGAGUCCAAAUUAUAGAAAGGCCGUACAUAGAUGGAGAGGACAUAUUUCGCUAUAUAAGGGGUAACGAUCGAGGACGAAUGUGGUUAGUUUAAGUAGACGAAGAGGGUUACUGUAACGAAACACCGGAUAUGAUUCGUGUGAGGCCAGCGGAGUAGAAUAUUAGCCUUCCUAUGAGGAAUAAUGGGAAGUGAGAGCUUUAGGAAAGCAUUCAGGUGUGGCUUACGAGCUGCAGUGUGAUUAAACGGUUGCGUUGGC